CAACAAUGCUUAGGCUAAGUGUUGUGUGUGUGGUUCUAGUGCUAAUAGCCGGAUCACUAGCAGAACCUCCGGCAUCGGGUGGCUAUCCGGAUCGCCGGAAUGGUAAUGGCCAUGGAGGCGGAAAUGGUGGGGGUGGCGGCGGUGGUGGUGGUUACCAGCAGGUAUCCAGUGGUCAGCAGACCUCUGAGGGACAAACGGUAGAGCCCCAGCUGCUGGAUAUGAUAAAGAUGCUGCUGUUGCAGCAUGAGGGUGAAUCCAACGGUAAUGGUAAUGGUCACGGCGGCGGAGGAAAUGGAGGUGGUCCAUACGGAUCGUACGGACCACCCGCUGGAAGCAGCUCGCAGGGCCGUGUAACCGGAAUCGAACUGGAAGAUCCUAGACAGAGCAUGCAAGUAGCGGAGUUCUGGCAAGGUGGCCCCGAACAGGGCGCUCCAGGCGGCUCCUACGGUGCUCCACCCCCAAGUGGAUCAUAUGGCGCGCCGAGCGAUUCGUAUGGUGCUCCAUUAGGUAGGAAAUAA